AAUCCAUAUAUUUUCUUCACUUCCCUGCCGGCUCACGCCCGAACUCGACUCUUCUCUUCCUUCUUCUCCUUGAUCUCUAAUGCCUAAAAAUCCUACCCUUUUCUUAGCUUUUCUCUCUCUUUUUCUCUCUGCCGUCUCCCAGAACGACGAGUUCGUCUACACCGGCUUUGGCGACGGCGGAGCAGCCAGUGGAUCUGGCACUAAUAUAAGGUUAAAUGGGGUGGCGGCGAUCGAAAGCAAUGGGAUCCUACGGCUGACGAACGAGACGAGCCGCCUAAUCGGCCGCGCCUUCUACCCGAGCGCCCUUCAAUUCCGGAAUGCCACUACGGGGGCCGCCUUCUCCUUCUCCGCCACCUUCGUCUUCGCCAUCGUCCCCGAGUACCCCAAGCUCGGUGGCCACGGCCUUGCCUUCGUCAUUUCCCCAAGCCAAGAGCUCAAGGGAGCUCUCCCCAGCCAAUAUUUAGGCCUCAUGAACGCCAGCGACGUCGGCAACUUCUCCAACCACCUCUUCGCCGUGGAGUUCGACACCGUCCAGGACUUCGAGUUCGGCGACAUCGACGACAACCAUAUCGGGAUCGACAUCAACAACAUGGAAUCCAACGCGUCCGUCCCCGCCGCCUACUACGCCGGCGAAGGCGGCCGCACCUCCAUCACUCUCAAGAGCGGCGAAAGGAUUCAGGCCUGGAUCGACUACGAUGGCAUCGCGAAGGUGAUCAAUGUCACCGUUGCCCCCUUCUCUUCGAAGCCCGCAGUCCCCAUUUUGUCGAUCCCAGUGGAUCUGUCUCCGAUUCUCCACGACCGAAUGUUCGUCGGCUUCUCGGCCUCAACGGGACUGCUGGCGAGCUCCCAUUACCUUUUUGGCUGGGGCUUUAAGAUGAAUGGGGUCUCCCAGUCCCUCGACCUCGAUUCUCUCCCGUCCCUCCGCCAACCCAAGAAGAAAGGCACCGCCUUUAUCUUCGUCGUGUCCGCCACCGCCGUCGUCGUCCUGAUUGCCGCCGUCGCCGGUGCUGCCUACCUCUUCUACAGGAUCAAGAACGCCGACGUGAUCGAGCCCUGGGAGCUGGAAGUCGGCCCCCACCGCUUCUCCUACAAGGAAUUGAAGUUCGCCACCAAGGGGUUCCGGGAUCGGGAGCUCAUCGGUUUCGGCGGAUUCGGCAAGGUCUACAAGGGGACCCUCCCAGGAUCCCGAGCCGAGGUCGCGGUGAAGCGAGUCUCCCACGGAUCGAGGCAGGGGAUCCAGGAAUUCAUGGCGGAGAUCGCCAGCAUCGGGCGGCUCCGACACCGGAAUCUGGUCCAGCUCCAGGGGUGGUGCCGUCGGCGGGCUGACCUCCUCUUGGUCUACGACUACAUGCCCAAUGGGAGCUUGGACAAGUUCCUAUUUUGCGAUGGAUCCCAGAAGGCGAAGCCCGUGCUCUCGUGGGCGGAGCGGUUCGGGAUCCUCCACGGCGUGGCCUCCGCCCUGCUCUACCUCCACGAGGACUGGGAGCACGUGGUGAUCCACCGCGACGUGAAGGCCAGCAACGUCCUCCUGGACGCCGACCUACACGGCCGGCUCAGCGACUUUGGGCUCGCCAAGCUCCAUGAGCACGGGGCCAACCCCAGCACCACCCGGGUGGUGGGCACCCUGGGCUACCUCGCCCCCGAGCUCACCCGGACAGGCAAGGCCACCACCAGCUGCGACGUCUUCGCUUUCGGCGCCCUCGCCCUCGAGGUGGUCUGCGGACGCCGACCCAUCGAGCCCAAGGCGCCGCCGGAGGAGCUCAUGCUGGUGGACUGGGUGUGGGAGCAGUGGAGCUCCGGGCUGUGGGCCGACGUGGUGGACCCACGGCUGGAGGGUGUCUACGAGCGCGAGGAGGUGGCGGUGGCAAUCAAGGUGGGGCUGUGGUGCUCCCACCCGGCGGCCGCGAGGCGGCCGUCGAUGAGGCAGGUGGUGCGGUACCUCAACGGUGGCGACGCGGCGGAGGUGCCGGACGUGCCGAGCCCGCAGCUGGCGGACGGUGGCUACGAGGAGGAGGGCGGUCCCGUGGGGUUCGACGACUUCGUGCACUCGUACCCGUUGUCGUCGUUGGAUAAGGUGUCGGCGAGAUCGACGAUCGCCCUUGGCGAGGAGGCGGCCGGGGGACUGUGUCAUGAAGGGCCAUCCAUACUCUUGGAUGGUUCCGGUGCACGUGGGCUCUUGGAGCCGUGAUUGGUGAACUUUUUGGUCUAAUUAUUAUUUGGACCAGGAAAAAUGGACCACGCCAAAUCGCACGGUGGAUAACACGUGUAUGUCACCAAUUCCCGAUUGCGCUGAUCCAUCGUGCAUAUGCUUCGCCCUGGUCCUAUUGGAGUUGGUCCAUGCAAUGAGAAAAAUUGGAGUUGGUCCAUGCAAUAAUUUCUCAAUUUUUUUUGGAGGGAGUUAUUAAUUAGGGAAUUUUCAUGAUGUAAGCAACCAUCUUGAAUGCAUUUUAUAUUGGACGUACCAAAAGUAAAAAAAAAAAACAUUUAAAUGGAAGCAGUUAUAUGUUUUAUUUUCUAAAUAAUAUUAAUAUUUAAAAUAAAUUAUACUUCUAGCUCUUAAACUAACACAAUCUAAUAUUUAUUUUUUAUAUUUUUUUGAAUCAUUUCAACGUGCUCCUCAGAUAUGCUUUAGAUUAUUUUUUCUUACUGAAAGUUCGAUAUGACAACCUUAAGUGUGUACAUGGUGUAAACUAUGCUUACGUGGCUAAAACUAUCAACAUCAUAUGGCUUUAAAUAUUUAAAAAUUCAAAUGAUGUGGUCAAAAUUGGCUAUUGCAUGGCUAAAA